GUCUGUUUUUCCUUCAACGCUGUCAACUCGUCGACCAACCCAUCUACGGUCAAGAUAAGAGAUAUACUAGCAUAAUCUUAUUCCGGCUACAUUCUACUAUCUCACCCCGUCGUUCAUUUCAACCUGAACUUGAAGCGCUACAGCAGCUGUCAAUGAAGAGAGCUCGAGCGCCAUCUGGCAACAAUUUACUCAAAAGUUUCACAUUGCGAUGAAGAUAUUUUCCCCCUCAACUUCCCGGAAACAGCUGAAUCCACAAUUCCGCAUGGGUAAAGGCAACAGAAGGAUUUGUCAAUCCCACAGCCUAUAUCAAAACGACUGAUGGCAACAACGGCUACAUGGAGCGACCUGUUUCGUCUGAUGAUCCUCUUAAUUGGGUCGCCAGCUCGUGUAUUAUGGACUUAUUCACUUCUUCAUUAGCAACCACCACCCACCAGCACAAGCUAAUCAAACGCUGUGUGGUAUUCGCAACCUACUUGGAGGAUGAAGCUUCCGAGUUCUCUUCUCAUUCUUGGGCUGAGUUCAACUUUGGUUCAUGUGCGAGCUCAAGGUGUGAAUGUCGAUCCAAACGCAGUUUAUACUGUAACACUCGCAAAAGGCAAAAAUGCGGAAUGUAAUCCUCCAAACAUCUUCCUCAGUAACCUAGGGUGUGGGACUGGAAAAACUUUACAAGAUCUUUUUGCGCGUUUUUUACUCUUCUGUAGCUUCGCGGGAUGCUAAGUUGCCAGCCAUUAGAACAAAGACGAUGGUUCCAAAAACCAACACUACACAUUCGUUCCCGUACCAGGCAUGACCAAUACUUUUAAUAUCAAGAACAAUUGCGGACAAUUCCUCAGUUGUCAGGCCUGUAGUGGCACAUCCACAACCGAUCUCUUCGACAAGGACGACGCGAGUGGUCGUCAGAGAUGGACACUAGACCCAGUACCGAACACGUCCAACACUUACAAUAUCAAAGUAGCUGGCGGACGUGAUGAAACAUGCGGGGUUUUUCUUUCCACUGGAGCAGGCUGUAAUGAUAACUUCGUUGACCUUUUCACAAAGGAUGAUGGAUCUGGCCGUCAACAAUGGGUUCUCAACCGCGUUGGGAACAGCAACGGAAGUUCAGGUGGAUCGUCUACCAGUUCUUCCAGCGCUUCGCCCACAAGUUCCGCAGGUCCGCCAUUACCCACCGACGGGCCCGCUGUUACCCUCGAUUCAAGCGUUUUUUACACUGUUACCUUGGCGAGAGGCAAAGCGAACGGAUGUAAACCCCUCAAUAACAUGUUCAGCAAUCAAGGAUGCGAUUCGGCAGUCCAUGAUCUUUGGUUUCAAGACGGCGGAUUCAAGUACCAGUACUGGCGAUUCGUACCUGUGCAGGGAACUAAUAAUGUAUUCAACAUCUUGAGCUCCUGCUCCAAAUACCUAAGCUGCCAAGACUGCACCGGCGUAACCACCACCGACCUCUUUGGCAAAGACGACGGCUCAGGUCGACAACGUUGGAUUCUCGCACCCGUUGCAAAUUCAUCAGACACAUACACUAUCCGAGUCGCAGGAGGCCGAGAUCCAGCGAAAUGUGGAACGUUUUUGUCGACGGCUGUUGGGUGUACCGAUAAUUUUGUGGAUCUAUUUACGAAUGAUGAUGGGUCUGGGAGGCAGCAGUGGGUGGUUACGCCUGUUAAAGAGGAUUCGGGGACCAGUGGGAAGUUGCCUUUGGCCCCGCUGAAAUUCAACCCACUACCACUUGGAUCUGUUAAACCGACCCCGGAUAGUUGGCUUUUCGCCCAGUUGAAAGCGCAAGCAGAUGGUUUGCAUGGGCAUUUACAGGAUUUCUGGCCGUUUGUGAAGACGAGUAAUUGGAUUGGUGGGAAGGAUGAUUAUUCUGAUUUGAAUGAGGCAGGCGCGUACUGGUUAAACGGCGUAGUCCCGGCAGCGUUCCAGCUUAACGACCAACGAUUGAUGGAUUCUGUCAAUUCUUGGGUGGAUUAUAUUCUAAGUCAUCAAGGAUCUGACGGGUGGUUGGGACCUACCAGUCCGGAUGGGAAGAGAGUUCUUUGGGGAAGGUAUCCGGCGUUGUUGGCAUUGAUGCAAUACGCGGAAGCCAACACCACGUCCACAACUCGAGUCGUCGAUGCCUUGCAAAAGUUCUUCGUGGGGAUGAACGACAUGCUCAAGAACGGUGGGAAUGGACUGGAACAGUGGGGGAUCAUGAGGUGGUACGAGCCUGGUAUUGUGUUACAUUGGUUGAUCGAGAAUCAUCCGAAUGGACAGGAAGCAACGUACGAGAACGUUCUCAAGUUAUUGAAGUAUGGUGGGGCGAACUGGAAAGGAUAUUUCACCGAUUUGGACUUCCCAAAGACCGCAAUAAAUGUCGUGGACAUCACGGGACACGGCGUCAAUGUUGGCCAAGCCAUCAAAUCCGAAGCCAUCUCCUACCGCUACUCUCACGAUCCUUCCGACUUGGACUCUACCCGACAGCGAAUCAACUUGAUCGAAAAAUACCAUGGAUCCGUCAGCGGUGUAUUGAAAGCUGACGAACAUCUUGCUGGUUUACACCCUUCUAGGGGUUCCGAGUUGUGUACGGUUGUGGAGUCUAUGUAUAGCUAUGAAUAUGCGUAUACUGUGAUGGGAGAUAAUGCGCUUGCGGACAAGGUUGAGAGGUUGGCGUUUAAUGCGUUGCCUGGAACGUUCAUUGAAGAUAUGUGGGGACAUCAGUAUCUUCAACAGAGCAAUCAGCCAUGGGCGAAGUCUAUGGAUCCAAGCCUGUUCGCUACUGCUGGUCCUGAUUCAGCUAUCUACGGGUUAGCUCCCAACUAUCCAUGCUGCACUGUCAAUCACGGACAGGGUUGGCCCAAGUUCAUCAGCCACGCCUACAUGACAUCCUCCGACGGCUCAACGCUCCACCACGUCCUGCUCUCCCCCACCACCGUCACCACCACGCUUUCAGGCGACAACAAAGUUACCGUAACCUCGAAAACCAACUACCCUUUUAACUCACGUUUGGACUAUAUAACCUCUUCCGAUAAACAGUUCAAUUUUGGCAUCCGAGUCCCUACUUGGGUCUCAGGGACAGUCACAUAUUCUGUCGACGGUGGGAGCAGUCAGAAUGGAUCCCCAGAUUCGAAUGGCUAUGUCGUUGUGAAUGUCCCUGCGGGUAGUCAUCAAAUUAGUGUGACGAUCCCGAUGACGAUUCAGACUGAGGCGAGGUUUAAUGGGGCGAGAGCUGUGAAUCGUGGACCGGUUGUGUAUUCGUUGGAGCUGGGGUAUGAUCCGAAGGUCCUAAAGAGUUACGAUUACGGCAACUCCAAAGACUGGCAACUCGAUCCCUCAUCCUCCUGGCAAGUAGCCAUCGACCCAUCCUCGCUCAAAUGGAACGGAGACACCAACUCCACCAACCUCACCCAAUCCGGAUCUGGAUCCGUAUUCGCACCAGGAGGUGCACCGGUAUCGAUUAGCGCUACUAUGUGUCCGAUCAUUUGGAGUGUGGUUAAAAACACUGCGGAUGUACCUCCCGUUUCGCCUGCCGUUUGUACAGGUGCGGAGAGUGAAGUCAAGUUGAUUCCUUACGGAGCUGCCAAGUUGAGGAUGUCAGAGUUGCCAAAUUUCCAGUCUAAGGCUGCUAGUGGAGGAGGGGGGAAUGCGGGUGGUGGGGGUGGUGGGGGUGGUGGGGGUAAGUCCAAGUCUGAGGCAGUCAGGUUACGUUAUGGUGUGCUCGCUAUUUACGCAGAUUGGUGCUUCGAGCAAUAA